AUAGUAAUUUGGUAUCUUUAGCAGAGAUAAUAAGAGGCUACAAAUGAGUAAGCUUAUUUAGGUACAUUUACAUAUGAAUACUGUUACCACACAUAGUUUAACAUAUGUGUAAAUUACCUAGGAUAGCCCAAGAAUGUCAGUGUGACUUAUUUUCAUUGGGGUCCUUGUACACUGGUGGAAGAACAGAAUAAAUUGAAAGAAGAAAUUUCAAGUGCUACAGCCAUUGGAAAUUUAAAAAAAAAUAUUAUAUGAUGAACAAGUUGAUGAAUAUGGUGCACCACAAGAAUAACUCUGCAUCUGUAAUUACAACUGAGCAAUUACAAAUGGGUUAUGUUCUCUGGCGGGGUAAUUGAAAAAAAAGGCAAGAUUAAAGGCAUCAAACAGGUUGGCAGUAUAAGUAGUAAUAGUAGCACUAGUGGGACCAGCAGCAGUAGCUGCAGCAGUCACAGCAAUAAAAGUGGCAGCAGCAGCAGCAGUUGCAGCAAUAACAGCAGCGGCGGCGGCGGCAGCAGCAGCAGCAGCGGUAGUUCCCCACCAGGAACCCCACCACACGUGCAGAUGGCUUCCCAUGAGAGUCUGAAUUCAGAAUCAAAAUCAAGCUCCCUCAAUUCCAAACUUGGACAUGAGUUGGCGGGGUCACCCUCGGCGGGGUCUCCCUCCCCCCCAAAGAGUGUCUGCUCUUCCAGCUCCACCUCCACUGACCAACACCACCACAACCAACUUUCGCAUGUCCUCAACGCCACUUCAAAAAUGACAGUGCGUGAUGGCUCAAGAACACUGCGUCCUGAUGAACCUUCACUAGUUCCUGGGGAGCAUAUGGAGGGGACAGCACGAGAGGUGACCUACCUCUGUCCGUACACAGGUCCAAAGAAGGGCACGUUAUCCGUCACUAAUUAUCGUUUAUACUUUCGAAGUCCCGAAACUGAUCCCCCUUUUGAAUUAGAAGUACCGUUGGGUGUGGUAUCAAGAAUAGAGAAAGUGGGUGGUGCAAAUACUAGUCGUGGCGAAAACUCAUAUGGUAUUGAAAUAUUUUGUAAAGAUAUUCGAAACUUGCGGUUUGCUCAUAAGCAGACUGACGUACAGUACCCCCUGCCCAUUGACAGAGAAAUGAAUAUCACAGUAUUCAGGCGGUUCAGGAUCCUACAAAAUUUUGGUGGUUAUGGAACUGGUCAAAUAAAUGAGGAAAACCACUCUCGUCGGAUGGUGACAGAAAAGCUUCUUCAGUAUGCAUUUCCUGCCUCUCAUAAGCUGCCUUUCUUUGCCUUUGAAUACUGUGAACAGUAUCCUGAGAAUGGCUGGAGUGUUUAUGAGCCCAUCGCUGAACUGAAGAGACAGGUAAUGUUAAGCAGUGCUAAUGUUGCAACUGCCAUUAAGCAUGUGCUUGUAUUACUGUAUACUCUAGUAUAAAAUUUAUUACUGACU